AUGCCUCCGAUGCAAUCUGCGCGGCCCCCGAUGCAGCACAUGCCAGCUACAGGGAGCUCUUGGGGACAUUCCCCGCUACCAAGAGCACCCACUGCAAUCCCACCGCACUGGAGCGCGCAGACGGCUGGCUACAACCCCGCCGCAGAUCCACUGCUAACCCAAUCUUUCGCCCAGUCUUUCCAAUCCCAGUCUUUGGGCCAGCCUUUCGGGCAACCUUUCGGGCCGCAGAUGUCAAUGACAUCGCAGCCGUCGCAGCCUUCACAGCCGUCACAGCCCGGCAACGGUGGAGGCUACGGUGGAGUCAUGGGCACGACUGGCGCGAACGUUGCGUCGGAUGAGAAUGCUGCGCAUGGUGGGGCUGGUGCGCAUGGUGCGCAUGGUCACCACGAGCAUCACGAGAUGUGGCUGGUGCAAAGUAUCCAGGCCAGUCCCUGGAGAUUCUAUUUCGGCGGCUUCUGCUGCUUGCUCUCUUGCUUCAUCUUUAUCGGUUGUGCCCUGCUGGUGGGCAUAAAAAUCCUGGACCCCCGCCCGAAUGACAUCGUUCCAGUCAUUCUUCGAGAGCCUCGGCUGGUGGUGGAAGUGUUGGCACAUGUUCCCAAUACUGAGUUGCUUUGGAAGUCAGGAGCACAUCGCCAAGAAAAGGUUGCCUUGGCCUGUCCCGGCUGUGAAGAUCUAAUGGAACGAUCUGAGCGUAUGUUUUAUCUUCACAUCAUCUAUGAAGUGGAACAUGAGUCUGGGACACUGUGGGAAACUGAUAUUCUCCAACGCAUCCGUGAGGUAGAGCAGAAGGUCUUCGAGGCCAAGGGUGCUGGACCUGAUGGCAAGGAGUGGGCCUUCACAGACAUGUGCUUGCUUGCCAAGCCUGACGAACAGCUUAAGGGGCUGGGCCGGGAGGUGCCGAAAACACCGAAGUGUGCUUUCGCACUAUCUCCCCUUCUCUUCCUGGCAGACAAAGUGCUGCCACUAGCCGACCCUCCACCUUUUCAACUGAAAAAUUUACGCCGAACCGGGUAUUUGUGGAUCAACGAGUCGCAUCAUCAGUGGACGGAUCACUUGACACGCUGUGUAGUGCCGCCGGAAGAUACGCAGAAGGAGCAAAUGGGAAAGGUCACUGGCAGUUGGUUCAUGAAGAAGGCAACGGCCUACUAUGACAAAAGGCUCGGCCAAGAUCCUGGCGAGGACAUUGUGGAUAGCUGGUGCAGCGAGGCAUCCAGCUCUCUGCCCUCGGAGAUGUCGAAUUGUGGCUGUUUAGCCCUCAUCUACAAUGAUGUCCAGAUGGCGCUGAAUUGGGACAUCAGCCUGCAGCAGAUGUGGGACUUCGAAAGAGGCUUUCAGAAGCUGACGAAGCCCGAGGCGGGCGCAUACGUUGCAAAGGUCCUCAAUUACUGGACAAGCCACGAGACUUGCAUUGCCUCGAAGAUGUUUCGGCUUGCUUUGCCGCCAGCGCAAGCUGUUGAUAGGCAGAUUGCCGCGAAUGCCUGUUUGUGCGGACUGAACUGGGUGCCUCAGGCAAUGAAGCUUGCAGUGAUCCAGAACAAAUGUGACAACGCUGCCCAUGCUUUCUUCGCUCGGCGGAGGGUGUUGGAUCGGGUGAUUCCGCAUCCGUUCGUGAUGGCUGUCCACCGGCUUGGUGCCUAUGCCAUUCUACACGACGAUUGGGACAUCACAGCAAACACAGGCGUCUUGAAACAGCUGCGCCAAUCUCAGGAGGAACUUGUUCUCUUCCCCAAGAAGUUCCCAAAUCUCUUCACAGUGCUCCUCGGCAAGGUUGGAGAUGACGAUGCUGGAAGCUGUCAGAACCGAGAGCAUGGCGUCUGCAAGAAGCGCAACACCCAGGUCAAAUCGCUUCACACGCUUUUCUUCUUUGGAUUUCCCCUCAAGCUGCUUGGCAUGGUACCAUUGCGCGGCUGCCAAGCGGAGUUGAGCUUGGUUGGUCCUGCGUUGGUCAUGCGAGAAUACAUAAUGGAAUGGAUCUUCAACACCUACAAUGAUCUGCUCGUGGAUUUGAACAACAAAGCCAAAGGCGAGUCAAAUGCUUUGCAGAUCAGUUGUGUGAUGUCCUUCGAUGCAAACAGUAUGCAAAAUGGAAGCCCUCUGCUGAAACAGUACAUCGCCUACAACAUUCCUCGAGAUGCACGCUGGAUUACCGCUUCCAUUCUUUUCAUGCUGGCAUACAUCUCUUAUACCACAGGCUCUGUAUUCCUGGGUGUUUCUAUUAUUGCCAUGAUCGUCUUUGCCUUCGGCCCAGCGCUGUUGCUGUACACGCUCGUCUUUGGGCAGAGGUACAUCGGAUUGCUGCACUUGAAUGGCCUCUUCAUCAUCUUGGGUGUGGGGGUGGAUGAUGCCUUCGUCAUCAUGGAUGCUUAUGGCCAAGAGAAGGCCGAGGCUGAAGCCGAAGGACGGCCCACCAACUUCAGUGCCAUCAUGUCCCCGGCUGUGCACCACGCCUCGAAGGCUUGCCUGUGCACCUCCUUGACAACUUUCUUUGCUUUCGCAUCGAACUCAGUCUCGGACUUUCCUUCGAUCAGAACCUUUGGCAUGUUCUGCGCGUGCCUCAUCGUGACCAACUUCUUCAUUGACUUCUCCUUCUUCCUGGCCAUCGUCUGUGCAAACGAGCGUCUGAAGAAGCCAAAGCCUGCGCCAACGCCCUCGAUCGAGGCAGAUGCGCUGCGCCCCAUGGAGAAGUGGUUUCACGACACAUUCUUCCUCUUCGUCAAGACCUUCAAGUUCCCAUUGCUCGGCGUUUUCGGCGUUUGGGCAGCUGCCUGCAUGUGGACGGCGACAUACGUCACGCCCGACCCCAACAUGCCCAAGGUCUUUAUGCCCAGCGACAAUUACGAGCGCUUUCUGCCAACACUGGCGAAAAGGUAUGAGAAGACUUUCAAUCCCUUCCGGUUGAAGGUUCGGAUCCAUCUGGGCAUCGAUGCAUCUGAUCCAAUCAAUCGGGGCACUACGCCGGAUUACAAUGACUGCUUCUUCAACUGCGCCGGGCAGAAGCCCAACUACAUUGACCUCUUUGGCACUGCUGGUGGCUUGAUUUGA